AUGCGACUGCAACGUGCUUCGCAGUUUUUCCUUGCCCUUUACCUCUUCCUGCACCCUUCUUGCGUUCAAGCCGAACCCCAAUGCGCCAUAGAUCCCCAAUCAAUCGUGACCGAUGCCUGCACCUCAUAUGCGGACCUCGAGAGGCUGAACGCCAACCUUUACCCAUCGCUGGACGACUUGACCCAAAACACCGACUUCUUUGCCUACUACCGAUUAAACCUCUACAACAAGGCCUGUCCCUUCUGGACCGAUGAAAACUCCAUGUGCGGCAACCGCGCCUGCGCCGUGGAGACAAUAGAUGAUGAGAGUGAUAUACCGCCGAUCUGGCGAGCUGCAGAAUUGAGCAAACUGGAGGGAGCGAGGGCGAAACAUCCGGGGCUUGCCCAACAACGAGAAAGACCGAAAGACCGGCCGCUACAAUAUCAGCUGGGCGAAGAUGUGGAUGAAAGUUGUGUACUGGAAGAAGACGAUGAAUGUGACCACAGAGACUAUUGCGUUCCCGAAGAUGAGGGCGCCGCAGCCAAAGGAGACUAUGUCAGUCUCGUUAAGAACACGGAACGAUACACCGGCUACGCUGGACUGGGUGCCCGACAGGUCUGGGAUGCUAUAUACAAGGAGAAUUGCUUCACCCCGAAAUCUCCGAAAUAUGCCUCGCUGAAACCGAAGCCCCUGCAAGCCGCCCAGAGUUUAAAAGAUAUCUUCCAAGAAUAUGGGCGGCAACAUGUGGACGAAACGGACGAUCUGUAUCCCCUCGACGAUGAGUGUCUAGAACAACGGGCAUUCUAUCGCAUCGUCAGCGGCAUGCACGCAUCCAUCUCCACGCACAUUUGCUGGGAGUUCUUUAAUCAGACCACCGGCGAAUGGGUUCACAACCUCGACUGCUACAAGGAACGACUCCACAAAUUCCCUGAGCGUAUCUCCAACGUCUACUUCAACUACGCCAUCCUGACGCGCGCGAUUGCCAAGUUGCGGAAACAUCUUGAGUCCUACACGUUCUGUUCCGGCGAUCCCGACCAGGAUUUCCAGACCAAACAGAAAGUACUCGCACUCGCAGACACAGCGGCAUCUGGCCCACACACCUUUGAUGAAUCCAUCAUGUUUCAGGAUCCGUCAGUCAUGGUGCUCAAGGACGACUUCCGCAACCGGUUUCGCAAUGUGUCCAGGUUGAUGGACUGCGUAGGAUGCGACAAAUGCAGGCUCUGGGGAAAGUUACAAACAGCUGGUUACGGAGCUGCGUUGAAAGUGCUAUUUGAGUAUGAUGAGAAUAAGAACGGCGAAAACCCCCACUUGAGGAGAACAGAGCUGGUGGCUUUGGUAAACACUCUCGGUCGUCUCAGUCACAGUCUCGAAGCAAUUCAAAAGUUCCGCACCGCUCUCAACACCGGGGAUAAGAGCGUUCUGGACAUCAACGGCCCGCUUCCAGUAUCCGCCAAAGGUGACAGCAAAGUCGAGUCGGCGGACACUGAGACUUCCGACGAAAGUGCAAAUUUUGACGACCUGUACGACGAUGUGGACAGCAAAUCUUCGCAGAGUCCACCAGAGGAAAAUUCAAUUUCUGAAGCAUUCUGGACCGAGCUCGACCUUGUUUGGCGCGCCUACAAGAUGGUUCUACGGUCUUGGUUUGAACUGCCUUUCAAAUUUGGGGCUAUCUUCAUCAUGGAGAUGAAUCGCUUGUGGAAUUUCUGGCUGGGACUGCCGGUGCCAGAUCGGUCGUGGGAUUUCCACUUCCCUAGCCGGGAUGAGCUGUAG